ACCCCCAUCCCCCACUCCCCCUCCUAAUUCGACACCAUGAAACAUCAAGCAUCUGCUCGUUUAGAACCCAGGAUUGAUGUGAAGGUCUCUCCUUGGAGUUUGUGGUGUUAUUUUCUAGUUUGGUGUUGGUAUUUGCUGGAAAAUGGAUCUGGGGUUUGAUAAUUCUGUUACAGUUUCAAAGAAUUGCCAAGCUGUUCACUUUAUUGCAUCCCAGUUUUCAAUUUUAGAUUUUGAGAUGAAAUUAAAUGGAUGACAAAUUGACAGCUCUUUGGAGAUACUGUAUUAAUAGGCGAACAUGAAAAGCAUUCUCACUUAGUGCUGGUUUUUUACGUAUCUUCGUGAGAACUCUUUAAUGGACUCCGUUAAAGUUUAAUAAAGAACACAAAGAUCUGACUGAUCCUAACUUAAGACUUUGCGUACAAAACAACAAACCGUUCCCUCAGUCCCAACGUCCUUCACAUGCCUUGCGUUCCCAUUUCCUUCCAAAGGACUAUUUGUUUACGUUGAGAAUCUUGAAGUAAUUGUAGAGCUUGAUUGUGAUGGUGUCGCCUGUGGAAUUUUUCAUUAGAAGCUUUGCUGGCUUUCACUCUUGAAUGGAUUCUAUUCAAACGAAUUCAAAUACAGAUUGCACUGAGCACAUGGCCACUGGAAAGUCACUCCUAUCAGACUCCUCUGAUGCUUGUGGUGUAUUUGGGGAGCCACAUAUCCGCCCUCGAGUUGGGGAAGAAUAUCAGGUUGAAAUUCCACCAUAUACAGAAAAUAAGGCUGAUGGAACUGACUCUUGGGAUUUAUUUGUUGGGUUACACAUACCUUUAAGGUGGGCGAAUGAAGGAGGAGACACGACUAAAAAGCUGGAUGAUAGUUCACAAAUUGCCUCCAGUAGCAGGGGACCUGAGUCAUCAUCAGAUAUUAUUGUGGAGGAUGGAAAAUUAAGAAAUGCAUCAAUUGAGGAGGAACAACCAAAAGGGGGAUGCCCAGAGUCCUGUUUAGUUCCAGAUGAUGUUCUUGAUCCGUGGACCGAUAUUGAAAGGAAAACUUUCCUCCUUGCUCUCUAUAUAUUUGAGAAGAACUUUGAUCAUGUGCAGAGUUUUGUUCAAACUAAAAAGACCGGUGACGUACUGGCAUAUUAUUAUGGGGAAUUUUAUAAAUCUGAUGAGUACAAUAGAUGGUCAGAUGGUCAAAAAGUUAGAAACAGGAAAUGUGUGUAUGGGCAAAAGAUUUUUGUUGGAUCGAGGCUACAGGAACUGUUGUCUCGCUUAUUUCCAAAAGUGUCAGCAGAAUGCCAAAGUGAACUUUUAGAGAUCUCCAGGACAUUUGGAGAGGGAAAAAUACUUUUGAAGAAUUAUGUCUUGACAUUGAAGCGUUUGGUUGGGAUUGAUGCUCUCAUAGAAGCAGUUGGAAUAGGCGAAGCAAAAGAUCUCACAAAUUUGGCCUUCGAACCCACAAGGUCCAAUAAUGUAUUAACCAUGCGCGGAGAGAUACCUACUGGCAAAGCCUGCUCCUCUCUCACACCCAAUGAAAUUAUCAAGUAUCUGACUGGAGGCUAUCGGCUGAGCAAAGCACGGUCCAAUGAUUUGUUUUGGGAAGCUGUCUGGCCGCUAUUAUUGGCAAGAGGUUGGCACUCGGAGCAACCUAAAAAUAUGCCCUACGGUGCUGGUAGUUCCAAGCAGAGUUUGGUUUUUCUCAUGCCUGGCAUUAAGAAGUUUUCUCGGAAGCUUGUCAAGGGAAACCACUAUUUCGACUCUGUUACAGAUGUUCUUGGUAAAGUUGCUUCUGAACCUAGCUUGCUUGUCCUUGAUACAGAAAACCAUCUAGGUAACAAGAAUCAAGAAGAAAACGAAGGGCAUCAUGGAGUGAAGGUGGAAAGUGAUGAUCUGCCUCCAGUGAGAUGCCACUCUUAUCUUCAACCGAGAACUCCUAAUGAACGUACUGAUGACAUCAAAUUUACGGUUGUUGAUACCAGCCUAUGUGAUGGUAAACCCUACAAAGUAAGAGAUUUGAAAAGCUUGUCAUUGGGGACUUCAAGAAAAUUGCCCGCUCAAACUCGUUCUGAAGAUAGUGGCAAGGACAGUCAGAAGGUGUCAACUGAGAUACCUGACUCUGUUGAUACCAUGCUGAUUGAUCAAGCUGUGCUGAUUUCUGCCGAUUCAAAUACAAGCUUACCUAAUGGGGAAACAUCUUCUGACCGGAAAGAUCUUGAAGUUGGUGCUACGAACAGGAAGAUGGCUACUGUUAGAAAUGAAGAGGUCCAUGCCAGCUGUCCUGAAAGCAUUCCUGUGAGCAAUGCUAUGGAUACUGUAGAUCUUUGUGAAGACAUGAAGUCAAAAAAAGUGGUGAAACCCCGCAUCAGUCAGAAACCAAGGGAAGAAGAUGAUGUAGUUCCCAUCACCAAAAAGCGUCGAAGACUAACUGCUUGUAGUCGCACAGAGACAAACAAUAUAAGUUGUGUUUCCAGAGUGGAAUUGGCGAUGCCCAGUUGCUGUUCAAGUGUGAUUAAUAUGCCUGCAAGCAAUGCUUUGCAGAUGGGCUCCUUUCAGGAUAAGAUGUCAUCCACCAGUUCAUCAAAAAGCAGUCCUUCUGUGAGCACUGAAUGUAUCCCUGUUAAUAAUUCGUGUGCUGCAGAAGUUUCUCCUGUGGAACCCCCUCAACCAAGGAUAUUGAUUGACCUUAAUAUGCUUCCAGACUCACCAGAUUCUGAGAAUGGGCUGUCUUUAACAGAAACGACUGAAGAACAAACUGAUGGCGUAAAGAAGCCUGAAAGUGACAGUGAAUUGCAGGUGGUGACAGGUAUGGAUAGUUCUGAUCAACAACAGCCACUGGAUACUUCUGAUCAACAACAGCCACUGGAUAGUUCUGUUCAACAACAGCCACUGGAUACUUCUGUUCAACAACAGCCACUGGAUAGUUCUGGCCAACACCAGCCACCUAGCACGAGCUCAAGGAGACAUAGCACAAGAAACCGUCCUCCAACUAUGAGAGCUUUGGAAGCUUUGGCCAAUGGGUUCUUGACUGUAAACAGGAGACAAAAGAAUAGAGAAGCUGGCCCCCGACAAAACUUGGGGUCAAAGAGUUCACAACAAGCCCAUGGCAGAACAAAGGCUGCUGAGUUUGGCAAUAACUCUGAAGUGUCCAAGCUGGGAGAAGGAGCAAACAAUGCUUGCAAUAGAGCAGAGAACAAUGCGUUCAGCAAAUUCCAACCUCCACCAGACAGAAGUGGAGGAACUACCUCAGGCCCCUGAACUUCUGAAACAUGUUCCCAACUUCAGUGAUUAAAAUUGGUUGUGGCAUGAUGGUUGCUAUACAUACUAUAGUUUGCACAAAUUUUCAGACUGGGAGAUUGAGACAUGACCUUUCUUGGGGUGAUGCAUUUCGAUACAGGUAUGAAAUUCUUGGCAUGUUGCUCCUCUAAUAAGGUGAAUACAAAUGAGUGAGCCAUGCUGUUGCUGUAUAAUUUGUGUUAUUAUCAUGCUACUGGAAGUGCGCCUCAGGGAUUUUUGUCUAGUUCUCAACAGCCUUGUUGUGCGAGUCUCCCCUGCUCUUCGCUUUUCUGGUGCACCCUCGUUGACAAUGCCGUGCAGCUCAAGUGCAACAACUGAUUCAAUCCUGAAGUUGGUUGAAUGUAAAUAUUAUAAUGCUUUUAAAUUUCAUCCAUAGUUGGUUGGUUGGUUUGUUUGUUUGUUUGUAUUUUCAUGACAAUGCAGAAACCUUUUCAUUUUACAGCAAUUCAAAUAUAGUUUUCUGAUA